AGCUAGCACCCCGGGCUUUUUGYUCAACUUCGGUGUCGAGCGACGCGAACGUCCGCCGUUCUCCACCGCGACGUCUCCGGUUAACCGCCCCGGGCUUCCGAUAAGUAGCUAACGUUGACUUGCUAACUUUCACUUAGCUGUUGGCUUCAAGAACUUCUGCUCGUGAAGGUAGCUGAAGUUAAACCGGUGCUUCCGGUGAAGGUCGUCAAAAUAAGAGUUUGGGACGCAAGUCAGCGCUUCUUUCUAUUGUGUCCAAGCAUGGCGAUGACGGGUCAGAGCUCGUCCUCCUCCAUGAGUAACCACACCAAGGAGCGGGUCACCAUGGCCAAAGUGACCCUGGAGAACUUCUACAGUAACCUGAUCGCCCAGCACGAGGAGCGGGAGAUGAGGCAGCAGAAGCUGGAGAAGGUGAUGGACCAGGAGGGUCUGGCUGAUGAAGAGAAACGUAUCCGCCGCUCCGAACACGCCAGGAAAGAGACGGAGUUCCUGCGUCUGAAGCGGACCCGGCUGGGCCUGGAGGACUUUGAGUCCCUGAAGGUGAUCGGCCGAGGAGCUUUCGGAGAGGUCCGCCUGGUCCAGAAGAAGGACACGGGUCACGUCUACGCCAUGAAGAUCCUCCGGAAGGCCGACAUGCUGGAGAAGGAGCAGGUGGGACACAUACGGGCGGAGCGGGACAUCCUGGUGGAGGCGGACAGCCUGUGGGUGGUCAAGAUGUUCUACAGCUUCCAGGACAAGAUGAACCUCUACCUCAUCAUGGAGUUCCUGCCAGGAGGAGACAUGAUGACGCUGCUGAUGAAGAAGGACACUCUGACAGAAGAGGCCACUCAGUUCUACAUCGCAGAGACGGUGCUGGCCAUCGACUCCAUCCACCAGCUGAGCUUCAUCCACAGAGACAUCAAACCAGACAACCUGCUGCUGGACGCCCGGGGUCACGUGAAGCUCUCAGACUUCGGUUUGUGCACGGGACUGAAGAAGGCCCAUCGGACAGACUUCUACAAGAACCUGAACCACAGCCUGCCCAGCGACUUCAGCAAGCAAACUUUUCAGAACAUGAACUCUAAGAGGAAAGCAGAGACCUGGAAGAGGAACCGGAGGCAGCUGGCUUUCUCCACGGUGGGGACCCCGGACUACAUCGCCCCGGAGGUCUUCAUGCAGAACGGAUACAACAAGCUGUGCGACUGGUGGAGCCUCGGGGUCAUCAUGUACGAGAUGCUGAUAGGUUACCCUCCGUUCUGCUCGGAGACGCCUCAGGAGACCUACAGGAAGGUGAUGAACUGGAGGGAGACGCUGACGUUUCCUCCUGAGGUUCCCAUCUCAGAGAAGGCCAAAGACCUCAUCCUCAGGUUCUGCUGCGAGGAGGAGCAUCGCAUCGGCGCCACCAGCGUGGAGGAGAUCAAAUCCAACCCGUUCUUCGAGGGCGUGGACUACGACCACAUCAGAGAGCGACCCGCCGCCAUCCCCAUCAACAUCAAAAGCAUCGACGACACGUCCAACUUUGACGAGUUCCCGGACUCCGACAUCCUCACGCCCACAA